AUGUUUCGUGCACGCGUCUGUACCAUAACCUCCACCACGCAUACGCUGGCUGCUCGUGCUAUGCCCCUUAGGCUUUACUCAACACGUAAUCCAUUGUUCGAAAAGAUCCUUAUUGCUAAUCGUGGUGAAAUUGCAUGCCGCGUGAUGCGCACUGCAAAGGAUCUUGGUAUCAAGACGGUUGCUGUUUACAGUGAAGCUGAUAUGAAUGCACAACACGUAAAGAUGGCGGAUGAAGCCUUUUUGAUUGGCCCUCCUCCAUCGGCUGAAAGCUAUUUGAGCAUCGAUAAGAUUUUGAAGGUUGCACGCAUGACAGGAGCACAGGCCAUUCAUCCUGGUUACGGCUUCUUGUCAGAGAACGCUGAAUUUGCUGAUCGUGUCAAGGACGAGAAGCUUGAAUUUAUUGGUCCAUCGGGUGAUGCUAUGCGAUCCAUGGGAUCAAAAAGUGAAUCCAAGUAUAUCAUGGAGGACGCCGGCGUCCCUGUUGUACCUGGUUACCAUGGUGAAAACCAAGAAGUUGGCUUUCUUAAGGAGCAAGCAGCCAAAAUUGGCUAUCCUGUAUUGAUUAAGGCUGUCAAAGGUGGUGGUGGUAAGGGUAUGCGUAUCGUAUGGUCUCCAUCCGAAUUUGAGGAAAUGCUUGAAUCAUCCAAACGUGAAUCCAUCAAGUCGUUUGGUGACGACAAGGUCUUGGUGGAGAAGUACCUUGAACGACCACGCCAUGUUGAGGUGCAAGUAUUUGCCGACAAGCAUGACAAUUGUGUUCACCUCUUUGAGCGUGAUUGCUCUGUGCAACGACGUCACCAAAAGGUGGUUGAGGAAGCUCCUGGUCCUGGAUUAACAUCUGAGAUCCGAAACUUGCUUGGUGAAAAGGCUGUAGCAGCUGCUCGCGCCGUUGGAUAUGAAAACGCUGGUACCGUUGAGUUUAUUAUGGAUAAUGUCGAUAAGCAAUUUUACUUUAUGGAGAUGAACACUCGUUUGCAGGUCGAACAUCCUGUGACUGAAAUGGUAACCCAAACCGAUUUGGUGCGAUGGCAACUUGAGGUCGCUGCUGGUAAUCCCUUGCCAAUGACCCAAGAUCAACUCAAGCUUCAUGGACAUGCAUUUGAAGCACGUAUCUAUGCUGAGAACCCAUCAAACCACUUUUUGCCCGAUACAGGCAACUUGUUUAGCGUAAAGACCCCAGGUGCAUCACCUGAUGUGCGUCUUGAAACUGGUUUCAUCCAAGGCGAUCAAAUUACCGUUCACUAUGAUCCCAUGAUUGCCAAGCUUGUUGUUCAUGGCCAAGAUCGUAACGACGCAUUGAGACGCUUCCGACGUGCCCUUGAGCAAUACCAGGUGGUUGGCCCUCACACCAACAUUGAAUUUAUCAAGCGUGUAGCCUCCCAUCCAGAGUUUAUCAAGGGUGAAGUGGAAACUGGAUUCAUUCAGCAAUUUGAAAAGGAUUUAUUACCACCACCCAGUGCUCCCAAUGCCGAGACACUCGCUGUUGCAGCUAAUGCCAUUCGAUUGAAGGAGCUUGCCGAUGUUCAAAUCAAUACCAAUGAUCCCCACAGCCCUUGGACAUCCUUGCGUCAAGCAUUCCGUGUCAACACCAAGGAUAGCCAAAAGUUCACUUUCAAUGUUGACAAGGAGAACCCAUACAGCAUCACAAUUACCCCUAGCAAACAAGCUGGCUUGGUCGACAUCCAAGUGGUGAAUGAUGCAACCAAGGAGACUAUCAAGUCGUUUACAGACGUAGAGAGCCAUUGGGAUGAGGAGGGCCAAUUGGUUUCCAGCAUUGAUGGCAAAAAGACAAAGAGCAACGUUGUCCUUCGUGGUGAUCAGCUUACCGUUUUCGAUGAUCACGGUCGCACCGAAGCUCAUUUGGCUACUCCUGCAUACAUUGUUGCCAGUGCAAAGGGUGCUGAUAGUGCAGGAUCUGUCAAGACCCCCAUGCCAUGCAAGAUUUCUCAGGUACUGGUAACACCUGGUCAAACCAUUGAAAAGGGCCAAACUUUGAUUGUCUUGGAAGCAAUGAAGAUGGAGCACGUCAUCAAGGCACCUGCUACUGGUACUAUUAGCGAGGUUCUUUAUAAUGUCGGUGAUCUUGUAGAAGAAAACCAAAGCCUUGUUACCUUUGCAGACGACCAAUAA